AUGUCCUUCUGUUUCAGGGGCGGGCAGUCAUGUCCUUCUGUUUCGGGGGCGGGCAGGCAUAGGGGGGUUAAUGCUAGAGAAACUAAGUGGACAGGUAAAAGCACUAGAGAUGGGAAUGGAUUCAAGCUUGGGUAUUCUGGAGCGCCUAAGUCGAUAGAUGGAGUAGGGAUCAUCUUGACAGAUCGACUUAAAGACUUUGUAGUGCAUGUGGAAAGACACGGGGAUAGAUUGAUGUUGUCGGGCCGGAGUGAGGGAGAGAAGAAGAGUUUUUGGGACUCACUGGAUGAGCUCGUGAGGAGUUGCCCGGAUAACCAACGACUAGUUUUAGGAGGAGACUUAAACGGGCAUAUAGGAGUACAGUCAGACGGCUACCCGGGUGUACACGGAGGUUUAAGAUUUGGUCGGAGGAAUGAAGAGGGACGCAUGAUAUUGGAAUUCGCUACUGCGCAUGACCUGAUAAUAGCAAACUCGUUCUUCCGAAAGAGGAAAUCUCAGCUGAUUACCUUCCAGAGCGGCCGCAAUGAAACGCAGAUCGACUACUUCCUAGUGCGUAAAGGCGACUUCAGGGCUUGUAAAGAUUGCAAGGUCCUCCCUAAAGAGGGUUGCUACUCCCAACAUAAACUGUUGAUUUUGGAUUUAUUCUUGAGUAGACGAGCAACCAAGAUAGAGAAGGUUGUAAAGCCAAGAAUCCUUUGA